CGAUAGGUGAGAUCAAAAUUAUAAAUCCCUCACGAAUAUUAAGUCUGUUGCCUUCUGACGCCCGGCACCUAUCCGGCUAAUGUGCACUGUCAUGUACUCAGCCUCAGCAGAGCAUAGUACGGUGUGUGUUAAGCCGGUUACGGGAACCGCCAUAGCGUGGUCACUGUCGCACGUUGGGUUAGACUUAACUGAGUCUCGGUCAAAUGGAUGGACGAUUCAGAGGCAAUGGCAAACAACAACAACCCUUUCAACCUGCGUUACAUCCUGGAAAACAACAAGUUAUCCGGGACCAACUUUCUUGACUGGGAGAUGAAUCUCCGAAUCGUUCUUAACUAUGAGAGGAAACUCUACAUCAUCGAAACAGAUCCUCCCAAGACCCCUGAUGCUAAUGCUCGUGCGUCCGAACUCACUUCCUUCAAGAAGUAUGAGGACGACGCGCGAGAUGUAAAGUGUAUCAUUAUGGCCAGUAUGACUGCGGAGCUCCAAAGGCUCCACGCGGACAUGGAAGUGCGUCCUAUGAUACAAUGCUUAAGAGACCUUUACCAGG